UAAGGGCCAAAGUUGAGCAUAUUAGUUAACCGGUUCAUACAGUCAGACGGUUGGAUAUUUUUGUGUCUGGACACAACUGAACUCCAUCCUUUUGCUUUCUGUAGCCGAUCAAUGGCAGCUCGUAAGUACGCGAAACGCUUGUUGUACGACAUAGAUUUGAGUUUUAAGUUGAUAAGGAAACGGGAAUCGUAUCAUCCGUCUGUAUACAACGCAUUCGGCCGCUAUCAAUCACACUCGUCGAAAGUAGAAAACCCAGACAUUAUAGAUGCAUCAGUUUCACCUACAAUAUCUCAACAAGGCAGCCAAACAGAGUCAAAUACCAGGGUUAGCAAAUACACUUCUGAGGAAGACGAUGCAACCAAUAACAUGUGGAAGCCAGAUCUUCAGCUAGCUUGGCUCACAAAAACACUUGAACCAGCUCUGCAAUUGUGUAGGUGGCCUUUGCCCACAGGAGAUGCACAUGGAAACAAAAUUCCGCCUAGCAGUCGAACACUUGCGGAAAUCCUUGCAAGCAUUCAAAGGAGUAAACUUGAAGUUCAAGAUUGGAGCUUGAGUGAUCUUACAAUAGGUUUAUAUCUCGUUUACCUUCAACAAACAUCUAAGGUAGCGUUCGUUUCAUGGAAUGGAAUGGAAUGGAAUUAGGAAGUUUUUCUUUGUAAAAUUGAUAUUGGUUGGGGGAGGGAGAAAUU